UUGUUGGGUAAUUUGGGAAGCAUUUAGCUUAGACAUCAGUAGUUUGUCAGUAUGUCUUGAUGUUCGUGUAGUCGUUUUCGAAAUUCUAAGCAUGUCAAUGAGUUUUCUGCUUGGUUAUGUCAAGAAACAUACUAAAGAAUGUUAUGAAGAAGGUCAAAGACCAAGAAAACUCUUGAUGCUGAUUAUGUUUGGUAUAAUUUGUUUGAUAUUAUUAGGAAUGGAGAUAAUUACACUGUAUAAUUGGCCUGGAUUGCUCCUGCUAAUGAAUUUAAUAAUGCAAGUAUUCCUUGUAUUUAAUUCUAUGACUGGAUUGGUAAUAUUUGGAUCUGCUGUUACUGGAUUUCUAUCAAGAAUGGAGAACAUUGAAAUAAAUUCUAAGAAUGCACUUAUGGUGGGAGAAAAGUGUUUGCAAGAAUUUCGCCGGCUUAAAAAGGGGUUUGGACCAUAUUUGCUUGCUGUAUUUUCAGUCCAUACUUUGGAACUUAUAAUUGUUGUAUAUUUGGCUGUUUACGGGGUGAAAGCUGGAGUUCCCAUUUUUAUCAUAGUUUGGUUUCCAGCUUUUAUUUUGUUCACAAGUUUGCCAUUAUUGUACAUAGUCUUACUAGCUGAAGAUGCGUAUUCAAGAUUCCAGAAUAUUUCAGCAAUUCUCAGGACUGCUUGCAUCAGGGAGACCUCUGAUGUAAAGAUGGAUUACUUGCUACUCAUUCAACAGAUUCAACAAGAGGAAACAUUUUCUGGAUGUGAAUUCUUUCUGAUUGAGAAAUCAACCUUACUAUCUGUUCUUGGUACUAUUGUAACUUACUCAAUUGUACUCCUUACUUCAGCUUAGAGUACAGUUCUUGUACUAUUGGAACGUAUUCAGUAGUACGCCUUACUUCAGGAUAGAGUAUGUACUUUGUACUUGGUACUAUUGUAACAUAUUCAGUAGUACUCAUUACUCCUGGAUAAAGUACACUGAUAUAUGUACUUUGUACUAUUUUAACAUAUUCAGUAGUACUCAUUACUUCAGCAUAGAGCACACUGAUAUAUGUACUUUGUACUAUGAUAACAUAUUCAGUGGUACUCAUUACUUCAGCAUAGAGUACACUGAUAUAUGUACUUUUUACUAUUUUAACAUAUUCAGUAGUGCUCAUUACUCCAGCAUAGAGUACACUGAUAUAUGUACUUUGUAAUAUUUUAACAUAUUCAGUAGUACUCAUUACUUCAGCAUAGAGUACACUUAUCUAUACUUGGUACUAUUGUUACCUAUUCAGUUAUACUCCUUACUUCAAGAUAAAGUACACUUUGUUAUCUGUACUUUUUACUAUUACUUUAGACUAAGAAA